CCUGAUGCUUCAAGGACCAGACAGCACGCCCCAGCGGAUACUUGCUGCUGGCCAUGUUUGGGUCUAAACCUUGUCGGGAUGCGGUGAAGUGGAUUCUGCCAAAGUGUGGGGUUAAAGUUGUCCCAGCUAUCGCAGUGCUUCUUUUUUUGGCUCGUUGAUUUGUGACGAAGCAAUUCGAUGCUGUCUGGAGAUGCAGAAGUGUCAAGUUUCAGUCGUCUGGUUUCAUUCUCUGCUGGUGGUAAUUUGGAAGGCGCCUGAUUCACUUGUAUUGCUCUUUCCCUUCCCUUCCGCUUUGGCUUGAGUAACUCCAGAGCCUGCUUUCACUUGGACCAUUAACCGCCAAUCAAGACCCUUUAAUAUUAUUGAGCUGAUGCUAGUGGUCAGCGAAGUAUCGCUUCUCCUCGAAUCAAUCAACAGAUUUCUUGAUAUUAUACCGUUUCCUGUCAUCUGGAGUUGCAAUCAAAGGCUUGGAUAAUGAAACGUUCUAGAGGUAAAUUCUUUUCAACGGCAGCUUCACUCCCCGGCAGCUGUGUUGAAAUAUGACAUCCUACUCCUUUGGCUUCAUUCGAUCUUCUUUCGUUUCACAUGAUUGAAAAUAUGUUGCAACUAUCAUUUUGCCCCUUGAUAUGUUUGUGCCUAGGUGUGUUCUUCAUCCAGAAUUAGUUUACCUUGUUCGAUAAAGCCAGGCACAUUUGAUGCCUAACUGUUCCUCCAGCUUAUCACAAGGUGGUGUUGCUAUCCAAUCGGGCAUUUGACUGUCAAGAAGGAACCAUUUGAUGCAUGUUGUUGUGCUUCCUGAAGUGCAAGAGAACCUGCAACAAUUCGCAGAAUUACGGCUUCAUCUGGCAGCAUUCGGAUAUUCCCAGUCAAAAGAACGCUGGCUGUGGAGCUGUCAAGUGGGUGAUCACCGUCAAGCAUCGGUCAAACCUCGAACGACUGCUGUCAUUGUGGCUGCAGCUAGAUCUUGAAGGACUCUCUGAUUUACAAUUCAGAUCGAGCGGCGAAAGACCUACAAAUUCUUCUAUCGGUCUUUCAUCUACAAUUUCUUUUCGCGUCAGCAUUUCCUACCUUUGGGAGAGAAUACUUCGAGGCUUCCAAGGUAUCGAUCGGUCUUCUUCACAUGCUUUCAAGCUUCUGUUCCUGCCGAUCCAUCGUCAUGCCGUCACGAGCCACACCAAGCUUGCGCCACAUCUGUCAAAUCGAGAAAAGUUGGUUUUGGCGCAGAUUCCAUUCACCAAAGUCCAUGUGUUCCUACUUCCACGGAGCUUCUGCUCCUCCCCAUCCUAUCACACCCGAUCAUUGUCUUGAUCCAUGUCUUUUUUUUCUUUGAAAAGAAUCUGAACGGCCCCCAUUCACGAUGUCGUCGUCAAUGCUUCGCUGCACGUCGCGGGUAUCGCGGGGCCUUUUCAGUCACCCUGCUCCACCACAGCUCAACAGCACAAUAACCACAAAAACAUGGCGGCAGCGGCGCCAACACCUUGCUAAUACGACUACAUAUCGCUCACUUUUCUCGAGAUCCAAGUCGAAACCCCCGCGUUCCAUAAUGGCUUCACUCUCGCGAUCAGCUCUUAUCGGCGUCACGUCCAUCGUUAUCGCAGGAAGCCUGACUUACAUCCUGUAUCAGACCGACCAGCUGCAACCACUCCCUCCUACUCGGCUGCGUAGGGAUGUUCGCGCUAACCGACUACGGCGACAAGCAAUAGAAGAGAAGAAGGGGGAGAUCGCAGCAGAAAAUGUCCACAACCUAGAGGUUCUACCGUUCAAGGACAACGUUGAAGCUGUCGUAGCAUCUAAAGAUGAUUCAGCUUGGGGAAGCUUCUCAACAAAAUUUGCGCUCUUUUCCUCUGUGACGGAUCUGCAAUGGAGCUCAGUACCGCAGACUAUCGUGGAUUUUGUUAUGCCCGAAUGGGCGAAGCUGCUCCCGGAAUAUAUUACAAAGCUACAGAAGGAGUUGUCCAUGGCCCCUGGGUCCCUGGCAGAUGAGAUAUGGCAGGAUGCGCAUGACCCUUUCAUAAACCCGGAAAUCGAGUAUCCGGCUUCUGUCAGAGUCUCGUCUGAAUUGUGCGAGGAAGAGAAGGAGUUUCUUGCAAGGAGGAAGAAGGUUACGAGGACCGCUUUGGCAAAAUAUCUGGGCCUGCCAGAGGAGGAAGUCCAUCCAGACGAUGUGCCCACAAUCGCAAUGGUUGGAUCUGGAGGGGGUUUGAGAGCCUUGGUUGCUGGGACAGGAUCGUUAUUAGCAGCAAGCGAAGAUGGACUGUUUGACUGUGUCACCUAUACAGCAGGAGUCAGCGGUUCCUGCUGGCUACAAACUCUAUACAACUCGUCUCUUGGCGGCCGAAGAAUGGAUAAGAUGGUAGAUCACUUGAAGGCUAGAAUCGGAGUCCAUAUUGCAUAUCCUCCAGUGGCUCUUGCAGCACUCAACUCAGCACCUACCAACAAGUUCCUAUUGAGUGGUUUCGUCGAGAAACUCAAGGGGGAUCCGACCUCAGAUUUUGGCUUGGUGGACAUAUAUGGACUGCUAUUGGCAGCGCGAUUACUAGUUCCAAAGGGAGAGAUUGGUGUCGAUGACAGAGACCUCAAAAUCUCCAACCAGCGCGAUUAUAUAAAGCAUGGUGAAAAUCCAAUGCCGAUAUAUACUGCAGUCCGUCAUGAAAUACCCAUUAUCGAGGAAGAAUCAGCAGAAGAGAAGGCGACAGGCUCUCCAUCGGAAGAGACGAAGGCUAAAGCUAAAAAGGAAGCAUGGUUUCAAUGGUUUGAAAUUUCACCAUUUGAGUUGUUCUGUGAGGAAUUUGGAGCUGGUAUUCCAACGUGGAGUAUUGGCCGAAAAUUUGAGGAAGGUCAGGAUCUACCUCAUGAUGCAGAUGGGCUGCGUGUUCCGGAACUACGACUUCCAUUAUUGCUUGGUGUUUUCGGGAGUGCAUUCUGUGCUACGUUGUCUCAUUACUACAAAGAGGUUCGGCCGCUCGUGAAAGGAUUGACAGGGUUUGGUGGGAUCGACGAAAUGAUUGAAGGAAGAGAUGAUGAUCUGAGCAAAGUCCAUCCUAUCCUACCAGCCUCGAUACCAAACUUUGCCUACAAGAUGGAAGGCAAGCUACCGGAGACGGUUCCUGAAAACAUCUACAAGGCCUCCCAUCUGCAAUUGAUGGAUGCUGGCAUGUCUAACAACCUUCCCAUCUACCCGUUGCUACGUCCAGGCAGAGAUGUGGAUGUUCUGAUUGCUUUUGAUGCCUCGGCGGAUAUCAAGACCGAGAACUGGCUAUCAGUCGCAGACGGAUAUGCUCGUCAACGUGGAAUCAAAGGUUGGCCACUGGGCGCCGGAUGGCCCAAGCAAAGUGACACUGCCGAGAAAACAGCUGGUCAGCUUGAAGAAGCUCAAGCAGUGACAGCAGAAGAAGCAGACUCAAAAGUCGAGGACGCAAAAGCCGAACAGAAAGAACACCUGAAGGAAGUCGAGAAAGAAGGUCCAAAAGCCUCAAACACCAAAGGCGACGAAGAUUCAGGCGAUCUAGGGUAUUGCACUAUCUGGGUGGGAACGACAGAGGAGCGUUCAUCCUCAACAGAAGACGUGCGAUCAAAAGCAGUGAAAGAAGACUGGCAGCUAAUGCAACCCGACGCCGGCAUCGCAGUCAUCUAUUUUCCAUUCCUCAGCAAUCCCAAGAUUGAAGGAGUGGACCCUGUAACUAGCGACUACAUGAGCACGUGGAAUUUUGUCUACACCCCCGAGGAUAUCGAUAAUGUCGUUGCGCUUGCGAGAGCGAAUUUUGAAGAAGGAAGGGACAGGACUAGGAGGUGUGUGAGAGCUGUUUACGAGAGGAAGAAGAAGAAGAGGGAGGAGAGGGAGAAUGCGGAGAGAGAGCAGAGGUGGCGGAGGAAGGUCCGCUUGGGUAUCGUGGGGAAGAAGGGUGAGGGUGACCAUUUCCACCUUACUUGAGCUCGAAGAGCUCGGCUUUUGUGAGAGCUGGAAAAGAGAGCCCUCAUUAAGUAUUUCCAGUGCGUGGGUGGCUCCGAGGCUGUGAAUAGUUUCGUCAACUCAUGGCUUGACAAAUGUAAAUUAUGUUCAUUCAAAGCCGAGGGGGGAUCACGGUCUCAUCCACUGACACGAAGAGAAGCGGUGAGGUGUUGGAGAUGCCCGCCCUCCACCACCCACGACUACUGCGACGGUAGAGUGGAAAGAGUUCAAUAGUGUAGCAGCCAGCACUCGUAGGACAUUGAUCGGCGGCAGCACCCGCAUUAGAGUAAAGCGUGUUGCGUCCGUCAAGACUCAAAACAAUCCAUAGUCGAACGAACGUUUGGCUUGGCUUGUGUUGACUAAUAUGUAGAGAGAAUGGAUGGCUUUGAACUAGCGCACCAACCACUUCACAACUUCGAGGUUUGCCCGCCUUUCAUAAGAUGAAGCGUUUGUAUAAAUCAAGGAA